UCACGUAAUUUAUGGACACCCCCUUAACAAGUCUAACAAGUUUUGCCUGAGACUCGCCAAGCUUCACUGUUCGGUGUUAUACUUAAAAUUUGUGAUGUUACUGUGUUAUAAAAUUCGGCAUCAUUGGCGCAAGCAGCUGAUAAAAUAUGAAUUUGCAAGCUAGUUGUUCAUCAUUUUGUUAUACCUAAAUAAUAUUUUAUUUUACACUCUCAUAUAUCGUAUAAUCUAGGUAUGAUUCAUUAUUUAUCUUAUAGCGCGCCUAACUACAACACGCCGCAAUCCCGCCGGCCGCCUGCCCUCGCGCCCGCGCGCCUCAUCCCGCGUUUCCUAAAUGUCCAAACAGUUCUCGCUCGGGGUGGCAACGUGCGCGGUUGCGACUCGUACUGUUAUACCCUUACUGUUAUAUGGGUUGCAACGCUGACAAUUGCAUCCGUCAGCACUUUCAGUACUUCUCAUGCAUUUCAAUUGGAGUGUCUUAGUUAGUCUUUUACUAUCCGCCGGACUAAACAUUCGCCUUUUCUAUUUCAAAUUUGCUAUUUCGUAAAAAGUUUAUAAUAAAGUUUCCCAGUGUAAAAUCAAAGUUUCUUUUUUAAAAACCCAAAUCUGAGAGACCGUAUAAUAAUGGUGGCAGCGUAAAAGGAUUUUAAUUAUCCCUGGAAUCCAAAACCAGUGCUAUACCCUAGUGAAAAACAUAAAAAGUGAUAAAUCAUCAUCAUCAUCAUCUUCUUCACCGUCAUCACCGCCGACGCCGUAAGGUCUGGCGUCCUGCCUUCUCCUUGUCUAAAGAGGAGACUCCAGCUGUGGACUCCUGGGGGUCUUGGACACCCCUGGUCGACGUCCAACCCAAGGCCCUUAAAGGGGGCUUCUCCGACUCUUCGCCGCUGAACCUCAAAGUUGAGGUUCACUCACCCACUGCAAUCGGAAGGUGAAACUUCAUCAUGUUGGUGCUAUUCCUGUGAGUUAUAUCUUUCUUAACUUUGUUCCUGAAUUUUACCGUGAUAGUGCUCAGUGAAUAUAUUCCCAAACCAAUCAUAUUUCAUCAUAAAAAAAAAAAGUAAAAACAAUAUUCCCUAAAACUUCUAUUUACAUAUAGUCAGUGGUCCUGAUCUUGCUAGUAAGUGAUUGAAAUUGAGUUACUAAGAUUACUGCACUGCAACUGCAUAGACUACAUUGGACCGCCCACAUCGCCGCAUACCUCCAUACUAUCUUCUAAGAACUGAUAAGAACGUCUCACAGUGUUCAGUUUUAAAUUGAACUAUUUUAUUGUGUUAUACAUUGUGAUAUAAUAUCUAUAACCUUACAUUAAGACCACGGACUUUACUUAUUGCUAUUUACUACUAAGUUAAUUACAAUUGUUAAAAUGAGCAAAAGGGAGGAAGCACAAAUGUCUCAAAUCGAUCUGAAUGUUUUAAUAAAAUUUGUGGGAACUUUCGACGGUUCCCGCGAAAAACUAAGCCCAUUCUUAAACAACUGCCGUAAUGCUAUUAACUUAGCGUCAGCCUCACAGACUGAUACUCUAUUAAAAUAUAUCCUUAGCCGCCUAGAAGGUAAAGCCGAAACUGCUUGUGACGUGAAAGAAUUCACUUCAUGGUCUCAAUUAGAAGAUUUUCUUAAAACGCAAUUUGGUGAAUCCAAGCACUAUGCCUAUCUUCUAUCAGACCUACAAGAGUGCAGACAGGGCCGUAAUGAGACAGUCAGCCACUAUUCAUUAAGAGUUGAAGCAUGUCUUGCAAAACUUUUGACUGAAAUUAAUAUUUCAAUUCCGACUAGAAAAAAAGAUGAGCUUGCGGGCCGUGUAGCAGCCAUGCAAGACUUGGCACUAAAUGUAUUUAUAAUUGGACUCCAACCGGGGUUGUCCACCGUGGUGAGAUGUAGGGACCCCGGCAGUCUCAACGAGGCCAUAAACUUUGCCACGGCUGAGGAAAAGAUACUCGGCAUAUCUAGAAAGUACCAGGGGCCAUCAACUAGUCAAUAUAGCCCCGACCAACGCAAACCGAAUUAUACACAAAACAAUACUUCGUCUUUCUCAAGGCCGCGGCCUCAAAACCAACCCCCAUUUAGACCAAAUUCUAGCGCCCCAAUUUGCAGAUACUGUAAAAACAUAGGCCAUACAAUCGAAAACUGCAGAAAACGCGAGUACAAUAAUCAAAAUAGGCGAUUUAACCAAAAUCGAGCUCCGCAAAACGCAGUUCACGCUGUGACGUCGCCCGACGCCGAAGGCGUCGACUUAGUGAAUCAUGAUUUAAACGACUCCAGCUUCCCGUUCCGUAUCGUGCGGGAAGAAUAAACGGGAAAAUCGAUACCAAUUAUUUGCCACUGAAUCGCGCUGUAUCAAACAACAAAAGUUGCCAAUCCAAUGCUCGUGGUACCUGUCAACCGCUGUUUCUAAUCCCACGUAUAUUUCAGGUACCAAUACUAGUUCGCCACUGUAUCCCGCUGUUUCGCGCAACAAAUGUUGCCAAUCCCGUGGUGCUCCUAUCGCUGUUUCCAAUCCCGUAUCAAUUGCGAGCACCAAUACUAAUUCAUCACUGUAUCCCGCUGUUUCGCGCAACAAAUGUUGCCAAUCCCGUGGUGCUCCUAUCGCUGUUUCCAAUCCCGUAUCAGUUGCGAGCACCAAUACUAAUCCAUCACUGUAUCCCGCUGUUCAGUGCAACAAAAAUUGCCAGCCCAACACUCGUGAUGCCUCAACCGCUGUUUCUGUUCCCACAUAUAUCUCAGGCACCGACCCAAAACCAAAACUACUAUAUUCCGAAGUGUUGCGCAAACAAAAUCACCAACUUCAAAUUAUUAAUACUUCAACCGCUGUUUCUAAUCCCAAACCAAACUCUGACCCUUCAAAGAAAAACAACACUAUCGCGCCACAGAAUCCUAAUUUUACGCAAAUUCCAACCUCGUCUGCCAAAUUCACUGAAUCCCUUGCUAAAUCAUGCCCGUCUUGCUUUACUCUUGGAAAAGAAAAAGACACCUCUAAAACUUACAAUAUCAUAACUAACCCAACUAAAAAAUACUUACCUUUUGUCGAAGUUCAAACGUCAAUAUCUUCCAAACCCUUGAGUCUUCUAGUUGAUAGUGGUGCAUCAAUCAGUCUCCUUAAAGUAAAUUCAAUAGAAAAGAUGCCGGAGCUUGUGAAACAUAUUAUAAAAUUCAGCGGAGUGACUAACGGCACCAUGAAGUCACUUGGCCAUGUACAAGUAAAUUUCAACACCCUGAACAAUCAUUUUCAUGUUGUCCCCAACUUAGAUUUCCCAUACGAUGGUAUUAUUGGCAAUGACUUCCUUUCUAAACACAACUCGAAAAUUGACUAUUCUGAGAGAAUACUUACAAUAAAUAAAAUUAAACUAGAACUCAAAUUCACUGAACCGAUGUUUACAAUUCCGGCCCGUUCUGAAGCUAUAAUCGAAUGUCCUGUUCAAAAUCCUGACGUAAAAGAAGGAAUCAUUUUUGAUCAAAAUCCGAAUGAUGCUCUCCUCAUUGCAAAUUGUAUAGUAAAAGUAAAACCAAAUGGCCGUGUCAACGUUUCCGUAGUAAAUAUCUCUGAAUCUCCAGCGCAUAUUGACACUCAACUGAAACUUCAACUCCUUCCUCUAGAAACAAUAGAUCGCGAACAAAGUUUACAUAUUGCAGAAAAUAUUAACCAAAUUAAUAUUCAUACCCGAACAGAAGAGGUCUUGAACCAGUUACGGGUCUCUCACCUAAAUGAUGAGGAAACAAAUUCACUUUACGACCUCUGCGCUUCAUACUCUGAUAUCUUUCAUAUCCCUGGUGACAAGUUGACUUAUACCGACGCUAUCCAACAUGAAAUUGCUACCUCCUCUUCAAUUCCAAUAAAUACCAAAUCCUACCGUUUCCCUGAAAUUCAUAAACAAGAAGUUCAAUCCCAAAUUAACAAGAUGCUUGAAGAAGGCAUUAUAAAACCUUCUACAUCUCCAUGGUCUUCUCCGAUAUGGAUUGUCCCAAAGAAAGCCGACGCUUCUGGUCAACGCAAA